GCUAAAUUCCACAGGCUGUUCCCUCCCAGUAGCGUCAGGGGUAUUGGAAGCUAAAGGGGGUUUUCCGCUAAGUGCGGGGUCCGGAAGCCAAGUGGGGGGUUUCGUGUCUCGAGACUUCCAAGUUCUUCCCACUUUCAAUCUCUCCAAGAAGCGCACAUUUCUUCAAUCAAAGAUGGCAAACAUUCACCGAUAUCCCCCAUUCAGGGCCGAGCAUUUGGGCUCUCUCCUUAGACCAAAGGAGCUCUUGCAAAAGCGUGCUGCCUUCGAGGCCAAGCAGAUCAGUCGCGAGGACCUUACUCCCAUUGAGAACGACUCCGUUGACAAAAUCGUUAAAGUGCAACUCGAUGCAGGAUUCCGCGCUAUUUCAGAUGGCGAAUACAGACGCGCUGUCUUCUGGGGAACAUUCUUCGAGGAGCUCGAGGGCAUGACCGAGAUCAGAAACCCCGCAAUCGAGAUCUUCCGCCCAUAUGUACCCGACAUUGCUGGGUUUCUCGAGAAGGGACAUAAGCCUGGACAGUCAUGCGUGUGCACUGGCAAGAUCAGGCACAAGGGACAGAGCACAUUGGUCGGUCAAUUCGAGUACCUGAAGACUUUGGUCCCACAGGAAAGAUGGGGGGAUAUCAAGAUGACCAUGAUCGCCCCGCCGUGGUACCACUUGCGAUACAAAGAUGGACAGGCUUUCCCCAAGGAGGUCUACGCCAGUGAUGAUGAAUACUUCGCGGAUAUUGCGAAGGCUUACAGAGCCGAAUUGGAUAUCCUGUACGCUGCAGGAGUGAGGAAUGUCCAGAUUGACGAUCCAAAUUUUGCUUACUUCUGUUCGGAGAAGAUGUUGGCGGGUUGGGCGGAGGAUAAAUCAAAUACCAAGACUCCUGACGAAUUGCUCGAUUCGUACAUCCAGUGCUACAAUGAUAGCAUCCGGGAUCACAAGGACAAGAUGCACUUUGGUCUUCAUAUCUGCAGAGGAAACUUCAUGGGCUCUCGUCACUUCUCCGAAGGCGGUUACGAUCGCAUCGCCAUUAAGCUCUUCCAAACCCUGAAUGUGUCCAGCUACUACCUCGAAUACGACACCCCUCGCGCCGGGGGCUUCGAGCCUCUCCUCCACCUCCCGGCUCACAAGAAUGUGAUUCUGGGAGUCAUCACUUCCAAGUUCCCUGAACUUGAAGACAAGGAGAAGAUGAAGGAGCGUCUUUUCGCAGCUGCGGAUGCCAUUGCAAAGGGAGCUGGACAGACCAGAGAGCAGGCACUUGACCGCAUGGGUGUCAGUCCACAGUGCGGGUUUGCGAGUCAUGAGGAGGGGAACUUGCUGGAGUGGGAUGAUAUGAAGAACAAGCUGGCUUUGGUUCGCGCCAUUGCUGAUGAUGUGUGGCCAGGUCAGCCAUAAUUGGAUACAUAUAGACAUAGCAUCGGAAAGUACGACGGCUGUGCCCUGGCUUCAACAGGUAUAUAAAAGCAGGAGCAAUGACACGAAUUGGUGGUACAUACAGUCUACAUAUAUCAUACUUGAUUCCAAUAUACAGAAUACUUCCUCAGACAUCCAUAACCUCCCGGAUGGUGAUCCUUUCAGUGACUUCCUAAUAACAGAGAAUGAAGCACGGUAGGUCAAGAGUUCUCGUACUCAUAGUUCCGGGGAUAAAAUUACGUCGUUUCCAUUCAGGUAUCUCAACGCGAAGCCGCGAAUAUGGACGGAACCAGAACGCCAGGAACCAACCGCGCAAUUUUCAACGAUCAAGCAGGUGAACUUGGAACUCUCAAAGUCGGAGUCGCCACUGUAGCAUUUGUCCUUGUCGUAUUUGUACCCGUGGACAGAAAAGCUGUGCUGCGCCGAAGGAAAAGUAGAAACCAAUCCUUGACCAGAAGAAUCUGAAGCUUCAUUUUGAAUUGUAUUACAGCAAGUAUACACGAAUAGAAAAAACACAG